GGGAGGGAUUGAAGGAGGGAGGAGGGGAGGUGCGGAGGAUGGGGGUGGUGAUGUGUGAGUAGUAGCGGCUCCUCUCUCGCCUCAAUGUUGCGGCCAGCCUGGUGGCAGAUCGCUACAAUCCUGGAGGGGAGCCGGGUCGAGUGAGCUAUCUGGGGGUUCCCAAAUUAUAACGGGAGGGGGACAAAAAGAGACAAACAAAAAUCAAAAAAGAGAGAAAGAAAGACAAAAAAACAAAAAAACAAAAACAAAAACAAAGACACACAGGCGGAUGGACGGAGAUAUAGGCAAGUGUUCCGAUAAGACGCGGCACCAUGGUCGGAUUCUAGAAUAGCAACGCCGUCUUGUGGUUUUAUUUAUUUUUUUUUUGUUUCUUUUCUGUUCGUGGGGAUUUCUGUUUUUAGUAUUUAUUUAUUUAGAUGUUUAUUUAUUUAUCUAUCGAUUGAUUGCGUUUUAAUUACUGCCUUGUGACAGAGAGCGAAGGAGGAGGAGCGUCAGUGCCAUGCGCGCUCGCUGCUGUGUUCUCUGACUCCUGUUUGUUUGUGCCCCCUUUUAUUUACCAUUUGUUUAUACCUAUUUAUUACUAGAUUUAGAAAAAAAAACCCCGCUUAAACCGAGCUGUGUUGAAUGCGCGAUCCGGCGCGUUUGCGCGUAUUGGAUGAAUGUAGACGACUAAGGAGCAGCUAAAGACCAAAUAUAUAUACAAUAUCCCCACAAAAUGCAUACAUCUUAACAACUCUGCGUGUCUUUUCUUGUCCUGUCUUUGUGUAAUCUCCGAUGGUGUUGUUCUAAACUGCAAAAGCGAUACCAAAGCGGCGACGCCACAGGAAUAGGCUCAGCGACUGUUCUCAUGCCUUCUUCACACCUACAGGAACUGCUGAGGAGUGAGAGGAUAAAAUAAGCUCCGGGGGCCUCUAUGUUUACUCAAGGAGAAAGCUUUAACAGUGCAAAGGUAGUGAAAGAAAGGCGUAGGUGCAUCAGCUUUUAUUCUAAGCUUUAAUUCUAAGGGAACUUUCUACGUAGCUGCAGAAGUCGAGCUCCUCUCUUCCCCGUCUGCGUGAUAGUUACUCAAGGGACCACGUCUAUAUAAGUAUAUAUCUAUAUAUGAAUGCUCUAUGCACAUUUAGGCUACACCAAAACUCUAAUGCAUCACACGUGUACAUAGAAAAGUGCGCAGCCGAGGCUACAUGUGCACACAUCUAACUGCGAAUGUUGUGAGCUCUACAAACCAAAUAUUCCCCCAAAGCUGUCUGCCAGAGAAGAGCCAGAAGCAUCAGAGGAGGACAGAGCUUGUCACCCAGCUUGUGUCAGAUUAUUUGCAUCCAAACGAGAAGCAGGAGGAAGAAGAAGAUCAUGUUUGUUCCCUUGCCGGUGCCGUUCGUCUUUCAGAGAACUGCCCCUGACCUCAGCGCCUGGCGUCUCAAGUCUCCUCUGGCUCUCCGCUCCAACUCUGAUAUCAGGAUGUCAAAGCCAGCAGAGGUUGAGAAAGUCGGGGCUGACUCACCGUUAGAAGGCACAGAGUCAGAGCGGAAUGGACCUGAAUCAAAUCACCAGGUUCAGGCGAUGAAAGUCAGCCCCUUUUCUCUGUCACCAAACCUGAACAGCAGCAAGAAUAAGAUGGAUGAGUGCCCAGAAAUGUCUCCAGGCCUUCCUCCAUCUCACGGCCCGACCCCUUCCCAGACAGCCCUGCAACACACUCAGCUCAUGCUGACUGGCUCACAGCUAGCAGGGGACAUUCAGCAGCUGCUGCAGCUUCAGCAGCUGGUGUUGGUGCCCGGUCACACACUUCCGUCUCCAGCCCAGUUUCUCCUCCCGCAGGCACAGCAGAGCCAGCAAGGACUCCUAUCGACACCAAAUCUUAUUCCGCUACCUCAGCAAAACCAAGGGAGCCUCCUGGCUGCUCCAACUAGAAUGGGACUCCAGUCGCAGGUGCAGCGAGAUAAGAGCAUAGAUGUGGGGGGAGGCGGAGGCAUGACUACGGUGCCCUCUGUGACCUCUCACCCCGAGGAGCCCAGCGACCUGGAGGAGCUGGAACAGUUUGCCCGCACCUUCAAGCAGAGACGCAUCAAGCUGGGCUUCACACAGGGAGACGUCGGUCUGGCCAUGGGGAAGCUGUACGGCAACGACUUCAGCCAGACCACCAUCUCUCGCUUCGAGGCGCUCAACCUGAGCUUUAAGAACAUGUGCAAGCUGAAGCCACUGCUGGAAAAGUGGCUCAAUGAUGCAGAGACCAUGUCCAUAGACAGCACCCUGCCCAGUCCCAGCUCCCUGUCCUCUCCGUCUCUGGGCUUCGAUGGCCUUCCUGGUCGCAGGAGAAAGAAGAGAACCAGCAUUGAGACGAAUGUACGCGUGGCCCUGGAGCGUUCAUUCCUGACGAACCAGAAGCCUACCUCGGAGGAGAUCCUGCUGAUUGCGGAGCAGCUGAACAUGGAGAAAGAGGUGAUCCGGGUUUGGUUCUGCAACCGCCGGCAGAAAGAGAAGCGCAUCAACCCAACCAGUGCCACCCCUCCGCUGCCCAGCCAGCCCCCCACUGCCCCACAAACGCACAAGCCGCCCUGCUACAGCCCUCACAUGAUGUCCAGCCAGCUGUCGCAGGCCGUGACCAGUCUCAACAGCACAACGGUGACCACCAUGUCCUCCAUUUGCCCCCUGACCUCCAGCCUCACUUCCACUCACCCCUCUCUCACCUCAGCCCACCCCCCUCUGAGCUCCACACCCUCCCCAGCGACUCCUCCACCUCCUCCCCGCAGCACAGCCAGCCCUGCCACUCCCAGCCACAGUACACUCAACCUAAACACAGGCUUGUGGCGUAUGGGUAAAAAGAACGGUGAAAUGUCCAACUACAUCACUGACUUUGCUGCAAACCUGAGGAACACUGUGAUGGGAGUUAACACGGGGAUGAACCAAGCCCUCCUCGGUAACAAUCCCCUGGCCACUAUCCAAGCCCUAGCAGCCAGUGGUGGUCAGCUGCCUCUUUCCACUCUUGAGGGCGGCAGCAAGGUGAUGCUUGGGUCGUCUGGGGGUCAAGGAGGCGGGCUUCCCUCCUCCCUUUUCCUCAACCACCCGACCCUCCUUCACAUGGGUCAGAACCCCGGCGUUGGUCUGGUCAGCGCCGCCAUAGCCAAAGUCUCCCAGCCCUCACACUUCCCCUCGGCCAGCAGCAUCAGCCCCACGCCCUGCUCCCCCUCCCCCUGCUCCAGUCCUGCCUCCUCCUGCUCCUCCAGCGAAAUGGCACACAGCCCGUCCUCCCUGGGGGCGCCCAAGAUUGAGUGACCACAGCUGGGGGUCAAUCAGAGAGGAGCAGAAAGGAUUAAAGAAGAACCUCGCCUUUCACACCAAAGCUAUCUCUUUCUCUCUCUUGUGCUCUUCUUCCGUUUUUGUUCUCGUUUUGUUUUUUCCCGGCGUCUCUCUCCGUCUUUCUCUCCAAGUCUUUCGAUGCCAAAAAUACACAGAAUGAAAGAGGAGAGAAGGAGGGAAAGAAGUAAGAGAAGGGAAAAGGAGGAGAAAGAUUGAAACCAAAAAUCUUUAUGUAUCCAGUCGGAUGAAACGGAGACAGCAAUGGACAUUGUUCUCUAAAACGUGCGACGUGGCACGUUUCUCUGAAGGAAAACAAACCAAUGACUCUGCAACAAAGAGGUGGAAGAGACGGCACGUCCGAGUGCGUAAACCAAAAAUGACAAAAAGAUAACUUUGACUAUAUGACAAGAAGGAAUGGCAGCACGGACAAAGAAACAAAGAGGAGAACUAUCCUUUUUUUAAAAAAAUGUCAUUUUCCAAAAAGCUGCGGGUCUGAAAGAAGAAGAGGCGAUGCGAGGAGGAUACGUUUAAACCAAAAAUUUUACCUGAGGAGGUGGAGGAGACACAAUGAGACAAAAAAAAAACAAAAAAAAAAACAAAAAAAAAACCCGACAACCAAACCAAAAUCACAAAUACCAAAAAUACGGAGAGAAAAGCUUUAUUCAAAGGACGUGUAAAUACUGAAGCUAUCCAGGACCAGGACUCUACUGCUACUGCAACAAGCAAACACACAAGCAUAUGAAACAUGAAGAACCAGCUCAUCCUGUCACUGACUCAUUCUGUCUUUCACUUCAUGUGUCUCUCACGGAUUUUUUUUUAAAUAUAAUUUUGUAAAUUAGUGUUACUUUUUUGCAUCAUGUGUGUGAGCGUCUGCUAGAAGAGCAUAAAAUUGCAUUCGUUUUUCUAAAGUCCAACUUUUUAACACGUUAUUUUCUAAGUACAGUUUAACAUUAGUUGUUUUUUUACUAUUUAUUAGUGCUGUUACACAUUUCAGCUCCUAUUUAUUGUUGUGUGCUACUGUAGUUUUAGCUCUCAUCAUUAUCAUUGCCAUCAUCUUCGUCUGUGUCAUCAUCGUUGCCAUGUAUUUUGUUUGUAACGCGACUCUCCCUGCAGCAGGGCGAAAAUGAUCCAGUCCUCGCCAUGUGCUGCCAGCUCGCAGAUCGAGAUGGCUCACUUUGUUGUAACUUACAGUGCAAAUUCAUUCAUUAGGAACAGGCUGACAUUUUGAAGCGCUUAUUUAGAUCGCUCGACCCUCACUCUUUAAGAUGAAAGUGUUGAAUGUUGUUUCUUUCUCAGUAAAAAAAAAAAAAGAAAUCCUAAUAAGUUAGUCCAUAAAUGAAUUUAUAUGUAAAAGAAUUGAUCAAAUGUAUUAAAUACUGAGCCACAAAAGUAUUUUUUUGGUAAUGGCAGCUUAUCACAUGAAAUAAAUCUUGUUGUAUUGUGUCCUAAUAGAGGCUGAGUCCAACUCUUUCUAAAGCCGUUGGAGGCUCUAAUUUUCUCCUGAGAAACUUUUCUGACUAUCCACUAAAGUCAGUUAUCAUACGUACUAGGAGGAACACCUGGUCUCCUCCUCACUUUAUGGUGUUUAUGGUGAAAUGAUGUUCUACUCAACUCUCUGGAAUAUUCAGAACCUUAGAAACAUGUCAGCAACCAACGGCAUUCCUUUGAUUUGCAACAAUAAGGUUUUCGGAAAGCUCUUAGUAGAUAAUUGUCAUGCUCUUUGUAAGCUUUUAGAGAAGACCUAUUAUGCAAAAUUCACUUAUUGCACAUUUUUAUGCUUCCAUUUGGGUCUCAACUGCUUCUAAAAACAGCUUUAAAAUAAACAGCCAGCUUUUUUUGGCAAUAAGUUAAUGUUUUUGGAAAAUGAAUCUCCUGAUUGUUAAGACACAAUCAAGAGGCACUUUGCUGUGACCUAGCAAUUUACCACUGUAUGUGCUGUACAAUGGCUGCUGGAAAAGACAAGUGUUUUGUUGUAGACUAACUAUUCAGAACCUACUUUCUGCAUUGUUGUUGAAUGUGCAGGAGGCUCUACUACUGCUUCUCAAAGAUGUACAGGUGCAUAAUUACGCAUCUGUUUGCAGCCAUUUUCACGUGUAAACAUUGAGUUAAAGUGCGUGGCCAGCAGCAACCUAUUUGGAUUUAAAGUGACAAGAUGACUAAAAACAGCUCAUUCUGAAAGUAGCUCAAAAUAGAUAGAAAAAUCUCCUUAUCUAAGAAUAAUUUUGUGCAAAAAAUGAAAUAAACAUGUUUCGUAUAGAAACAUAGACGUAUCCUCAACUGUUGAAGGAAGCACAACAGGUCACCUUUAGUGGACUAACCAAUAUUUAUUUAACUUAUAAAAAGCUUACUUAAUACAGAUCAGAUUCCACUUUACUACAGAUAACUUUAUUAUGGACUAAUUUGUUUUGAUUUCUUUGGGGCUGCUUGUUUUUUUCUUUUGUUUUUUUAGCAACGUCUGAUCUGGAUUUCAUCUCAGCUGCCACUUUAGAAAUAUAUUUACUGAGAGAAGCAUUGAUACUUGUUGAGCUCGUUAUCAGGGCAGUCCGUGUCUAAAUGAACAUGCCCAGGAAACUUUGCACGCUGAAAAUGAUGUUGAAAGUAUGAAAUAGGGGCUGUGAUGGGAGAUUUGAAGGAAUAACCACUGAGACUGAAGGCUAAAUAAGUCAAUAAAGCCAAGUUUAGUCACAGCUUGCUCUCGUCCCUGCGUCGUCUAUCAGCACAGACCGCCUGACAUCUGUACGUCUCGAUGUAUAUGUCUGCUUCCAUCAUCGCUUCAUCAGUCACAUUUCACAUGUCAUUUUCCACCCCACUCUUCCAUUAAUCCUCAAAUAGAUACCAAAGCAUUAUGUUCUUCUCGAGCCUUAGCCGAGACGUAAACACAAUAAAGAGGCUCCUGUGGGGCGGGGGGCAUUUCUGAGGGACGGGGCUGAGAACAGGAUGCUGCCACUGAAAGGCCCCACUGGAGAAUCUCCUCCACCUGAAAGCUUUAUUUAGGGGCUGAUCUUUUACUCUGAACACCCCACACACACACACACACAACACACAACAAAGGGUAGUCACACUUUUUUGUAAAGAGGAUACCAAAAACAAACCCAAACCAAACCAAAACGGCGAACUCUCACUACCCAAGGAAUGACUGAAGCAAACCAAAAAUAACCCAAACCAAAUGUGGCUGGAGGGAGGAGGGGAGGAGGACCAGCAGAUAUCCACCUGUCCGUCUGUUAGCUUUAGGCCUGCAGAAUUGCGGCCCGCUCUGAAACUGUGUAGCACUGAUGGAGGGAUGAACAGACAGGCGGAAAGACAAGAAAAACAAAGAAUGGGUCCAUUCCUCCCUUCCUCUGCCUCCCUCUCUCCAGCUCGGCUCUCUGGUCCUGGAUGGAGCUAAACGCAAAUGACCUCACUGAACUGAAAUUUGUUUUUAUUUCAAAUGUUUUUAGUUUUGAUUCUGAUUCCUUUGUCCCCUCUGCUGUGUCUCUUGAUGCCGUUUCAUGUACUGUAUUUUAGUGCUUAUUACUUAUUUGGAAUAACGUACUCGCUUACUUACUUACUACAA